UCUCCGAACGAUUUAUUUUUUAAUCAAGACUUAACGCCCCGUUUAAGUAUUAAAUUCAGUUGUAAUUGAAGCCAAAAGCGGUUCAAAGGUUAAAAGUAAUGUAAAAAUGUAAGAUGUUAUGUUUAUUUAAUGAAUAUUCUGUGGAUUGCAAAUAAGUAGUAAUUGCCUAGUGUACGAAAGGAAUCAAGUUUCAUAUUUUCUUAAUCAUAAAAUGGCAGUGAAUAAUAUCCACCUUUCACCAAUUGGCCAGUGGUUAUAUCUUUCAAAUACGAUGUGUUUCUCGUUACGUUCGUGGGAGCACUAAAUGCUAACUUUGAAGGAUAGCUGUAGGAUGGUGAUAGCAAGAAAUAAGAAAUUAAAACCACAAAUGACGGCUACUGUAAAGAAUAUGGACUAUACUUGGACAGCUGGGUCAGAGGCCCCAACUAACAACCAGGAUGUGGGUAUCCCUCGGGCGGUCUUUAUUCCCCACACGAACUCGCUACCAUUUGAAGAAAGGCGAGUCACACUAGAGGAACCAGUCAAGAUCGGAAGAUAUGUAUAUCGUGGUUCACCUUGUCAGACGAAUACAAUAUUCGACUGUCGAGUGCUUUCUCGUCACCAUGCGACACUCUACUACGAUAAAGGGCAUUUUUAUCUUGUGGACAAUCAGAGCAGUAAUGGAACGUACAUCAACAACAACAGAUGCUCAGUGGUUAAAGACCCGCAUGAGGUAUUUUCAGGAGAUGUGGUUCAAUUCGGUAUACCGGUGGUUGAAAAUACUGCUAACUCGGAGAAGAACACAUUUCCUCCGGUGGUAGCGAUGCUGAUGCUUUAUCACCCAGAUGGCACAGAGGCGAAGCUCCACCUCAAUGAAUUAUAUCAACUUAAUAAUUAUGUUCAAGAAGCAAUACAACGCGAAGCGUCGCUCGAGAGUCGUCUACGUACGUUACGCGAGUGCGUAGAACGUACGCGGGCGGAAGCGCAGGCCGCUUGGGAGCUCUUUGUGGGUGAGCAGCGCCUGCUCAUGCGAGUGCACACCCUGGAGUCGAUGCUCGCCGCGGGCAAACACCCCGAUACACAGCAUGUUGCUCAAUUGCUCACUGAUAAGAAGAACUAUCAGGAAGUGGCGUUAGAAAGCCUAAGGACAGCCCAUGAACAGAGAUUAGCGCUGGAAGAAAGUCUUGAAAGGCGUAGCAGAGAAGCGGCCGCGUUGCAGAAACACAAUUGCUCUUUGCGAUUGGCUGCUAAUAACGCACUUGCUGAAUUACAGAAACUCGCAGCCCGAUGUGAUCGCAAAAUGUCUGCAGCGCGGCUAGCGAUAUCAACAGCUGAGGAGAGAGAAAACACGCUUCGGAAACGAUUGCCACUCAGCUAUUCCCUACAAAACGGCGAAGCCAAAAUGCUAGUUCUGAGUACGGAUAGCAAUAAGCUGCAAGAUAAGCGCGCCUCUUCGCUGGAAGACGCCGUGCGAGCAUUACCGGAUUAUAUCAAGCUUCUACUACCACAUCCGCUUCUUAACAAGGUGGGAAUAAAGGUGAUAGCUGCGGACUGCAAAGGCGGGAAAGACGUUGAUUUAAUAUUAAAGAAGAAUGAUUUUAAUAGUACUGAAAAUAAUGAAAAACAACAAGAGGAAGAAAGUGUGAGCUCUAGUGGAGAGAAGUCAUCGGAGUCCAAUUCUGGUAGCGAUGAAGAAAAGUCGCGGAUUAAUAAUGAUAUAGACAAUGAGAAGGCAAAUAUUUCAGAUGAUGAACCAGCUGAUCCGGUUGCGGCGGACGGAGAGCUUCGGCCGGACAACAACGCAAACUCCACAUUCAGCGAUGGUGAUGGCAAAGAGGAGUCGCCUAGCAAAGCGGGGGUUGAGUACGCGAACAUACUCCGCGUGAUGGGUGGCCUUAAUGAAGAGAUUAAGGCGCUGAGAGAGCGUCUAGCGGCGAGCACGGCGGAGAACGAACAAUUGCGGAACAUUCGAGACGAUUUGCUCGCAACCACUGAGGCCGCCGACCCACCGGAGACGCAUGACGCGGCCGCCUAUCGCGCUACCAUUGCUGAUCUGCAGGCUCAGCUUACACGGUCAAACGUAGCGGAGGAAGCGAAUCUCGCCGAAAUCAAGCGCCUGGCGUCAAACGCCGCUGAAAUGCAAGCGGAACUUGCAUUCCGUCCCACUCGUUCCGACAUCGACGAUCUGACCGCUGUAGUCGGGAACCUUCAAGCCGAGGUCCUGGAAAAGGAGAAUUUGGUGAAACAGCUACAAGCCAAGCCAACCCUCGAUAAGACAACCGAAACGUCGAGGUCACUCGAAGAAUUGAGACCCGAAAUUGACACGAAGCAAAUAUCCGCCGAUAUAGACGAAAUGUUCAGGCUGGACUACGACGAUGACGACACAGAUUCGGUCGCCACAGAAAUCAGCAACGAGAAGAAUGUCACGAGCGAAUACGUGCGAAUCGACGACGAACAACGCCUACAAGUUACGAUGCAAAAUGGCAGUUUGCACGCGCUAGAGGAAGAGCUAGUGAGAGCCAAAGAGAGAUGGGAGGAGAUAUCCGCGGAGAAGGCGCGGUUGGCCGCUCAAUUGGCCACCUUACAGAAUAAGCCAAUGCGUAUCGAUAUCACGCACUUGUUGGCGUUAACUGUGCCGAUACUACUGGCGUGUGUGUUCUACGCUCUGUUGCCCUACAUCUCCUGAUUGACGGCCACCUGGGAUCCACCCGGGUACGCUUAGCCCAAGACACUCGAUUGCUCACUUUUUUCGGGUUUAAACCGAUCCCGUAUCAGAUUUAUUAGUCUCCAAUUGACCACAGUUCAAAAUUGAUAAUUUUCCAUAAAGGUCUAAUAAAACGUGGACUAGAGACCGUGGUGUGAUAAAUGUAAAAAAGGCAAUAAUAGCAAUCACGGUUAUUUAGUAAACGUAAAGGCCGGGGAUGACAAAAGAAUGUCUAAAAAACAAAUGAAGAUAGCAUUUGACAAAAAUAUUUUGAAAUGUAUGUACUGUAUUUAUUAAACUGUGGUCUAUUAUUUGAAUCCGAUAUCGGGAUUGGUGAAGAAAAUAAUUUCCGUGCCGAAGGCUCCCUUCGAAGGCUGAUUGAGUAUUUUGGAAGUGCCAUGUGACGUAUGAACGUUUCAAUGUAUAGUUUUUGUAUAAAUUUGUUGAUAUGCCAUAAUAACUGUAUAUUUGUUAGGGCCUAAAUUCGUUUGUAUUAUGGCUGGGGUAAUGUUAUAAGGUUUCACAUAGAUGCAAUGCCUAUAAUUCUCAUAUUUUGCAUAUCAUAGACAUCUUAAAUUCUUAUUAAUUAAAUGCUCUAAACAUAUGCCACAAAUUCAACGAUAAAGCUGGUUCUUCUAGAAUUUGACAAUUUACAAUGUGCAAAACAAAAUUUUGCCGUUUUGAAAUAUAUGUUCAAAUAAGAGCUUAUGAAAUUGUCUAUGCCACAGCAGAAGAGUUGGCUAGUUGGCUUUAUAUCUAAGUUGUUAUAUUUGCCUCUAAUUAUUCCUAGUAAAGUCAUAUCAGCUGGUCAAUCGGCCCCUGAAUAAAAAAGAACUGAUUAGUAAAAUUGCCAUUUAAACGAUAAACGAAAAUAUUUAAAUUUCGAACGACUCCUAAAUUUGAAAUUCGAUUGGUAUUAGAUAAACUACAAUGCUUUUUAGAUUUCGAAUGGCGACUAAAUUUAAAAAUACGAUUAAAAUAAGAAGAACUGCAGUGUUUUUUGAAUUUCGAACGAUGUCUAAUUUAAAAUUGUACUUCUCAAAGUGUAAAAAUCAAAAGCUUUCUUAGUAUUGCUGUGUAUUACAUAAGCUAUUGUAAAUGCCCUUUUAAAUUUACGGACUUCAUAAUUCGUUUAAUAGCGCUUGAAGAAUCGUGUCAAACAACUUGUCAACUAGGAUAAAUAGAACUAUAUUAAGGUAUCCGUGGUGAUGUUACAUACGGUUUUGGUCUGUCAUUACAAAUAAAUAAAAAAAUCUCAUUUACAUAUCACGAGGUGUGGGCAUUUAAAAUCUGUGGUGAGUUUUCGAUUUUUGCAUUUUCUAGUCUUAGGGGAACCUAGUCGAGACUUAGCGCUAGGUACUGCUAUGUCAAAAGACAUUUUUUUUUAACAUAGCAGUACCUAGCGCUAAGUCUUGACUGAAUUUUGCCACAAAUGUCUUAUUAUCGUGACAUUUUAUACGUAUUCGAAUUUUAUUUCCCCAAUUAUUGCACUAUUUUUUACACAUUUAACAUUUAGCUUAUUUAGUUGCAAUAAAUACUCUUAGUUUAGAUUUUUUUUUAUAUUUUCAUGCUUCGAUGAUUCUAAGUUAAUAUGGGAAGAGUAUUGACUAUUUAGUUAACAAACCUAGCUUACCAAAAAUAUGAAAUUUUAAUUAUAAAUUGAAGUAAGGUUAUUUUGCUUAAAAAAGGUGAGUGUUAAUACUUUUCCCAAAUGAUUCGUCAUGAAAUGGAAAUAGCGAUUGGUAUUGCAUCGUUUUGAAUAUGUUUUGAAUGAUGUAAAGUGCGUUUGAUCUCGCUAGAGGUCGCUCGCUUCGUGAUGUCAACGCCAAUAGAGUUCAAUUCGUAAAUAUAGUUAGGGAUAUAUGUACCACGUUGAAACACUAUCAUUUAAUUUAUUUUAAUUGUUGCACGUAUUGUUAUGUUCGAUGUUUUAUUUUGCGUUUCACUUUGUAUAUAGUUAGUAACCCCUAAUUUCGGAGUAUAUUUUAAAAGAAUAAUAUCGCAUUCAAUGUGGAUGUACUGAAAAUUUAUUGGAAAUAAUAUUGAUUUGUUUAA